AGUGCCACAAGAAAAAAAACGAAUUGUAUUAAUCUGAGAUGACGUGGCGCAAUAUUAUUGGCUUGAUGUAGUGGAAUGGGUAUCGGGGAUAAAAAAAUGGUGUAUGUGUAUGUUUAGCUGAGAAAAAAAAUUUCAGAAUUUGUUCAUUUUGUCGUAACAAAUUAAAAAAAAAAAAAAAAUCCUUUCUGUAAAAACCACCAUGGCAGCGAUCGAAGGAGGCGGUGGAGGAACGUUAUCGGAAAUCUACCAGAGUUCGAGGAAGUUGUUGCUGCGGGCGAGGGAUGGGAUCGAACGCCUUGAGAGGCUUGAAAUCUCCGCCUCCAACGCGAGAGGACUGGACUCUCCCGAGCUCUCCUUCGCCGUCAAAAAGGAUAUCUCGCAGAUUCAAUCGCUAUGUGCAGAAAUGGACCGUCUCUGGCGUUCCAUCGCUGCCCGGUCUCAGCGCGAUCUUUGGAGAAGGAAAGUUGAGCAAGUAGCAGAGGAGGCUGACUCAUUGAAAGAUAGUCUUGACAAGUACUCCAUGAGGAAUCAGAAAAGAAUGAUUGAAGCUAAAGAGAGAGCUGAAUUACUUGGAAGAGCUAAUGGAGAGUCAGCUCAUGUUUUGAGAAUUUUUGAUGAGGAAGCACAGGCAAUGCAAUCAGUCCGAAACUCAUCAAGGAUGUUGGAAGAAUCUUUUGCAACUGGAACAGCUAUCCUAUCCAAAUAUGCAGAACAAAGGGAUCGUCUCAAGCGAGCACAACGGAAGGCUUUGGAUGUCCUUAACACUGUCGGGCUCUCCAACUCUGUACUGAGGCUCAUUGAGAGGCGGAACCGGGUCGAUAAGUGGAUCAAAUAUAUGGGCAUGAUUUUGACAGUCGUCAUUUUAUACUUCUUUGUGAGGUGGACUAGAUAAAAUCCUCUCUGUCAAUUCAUAUGCACUUUCUGUCUGUGACUCGGUGUAAGUAUACUUCAUUUGCUCUUUUGAGAAAACAAACACAGAAUUGUCUACCAACUUGUCUAGAAUGCGUAAAAUAGAUCAUGGCUUCUGCAUGUUUUUUGCUCUUCAGGGAGGAUGAGACUGGGGUAGGUCGGCUUCAAUCAUCGAACUGGUAAUACUAGCCGGGGCGGGAGUCAUGUGGAAUUGCCACCUUACCCACUACCGUGAGUGGUUUUGGAUUUUGCUAUUUGUAUGUAAGGAGAUGAGAUGCAUUAAUCAAAAAGUUUCCAAACAAGAUUCUAUUUCAUAUUUCUGAGUAUAAUGAAAGUUUUAACGUCUU